AUGAAAUGCUCUAAUUUAGAAGAUUACACUAGAAUUUACAUGAUCAAUGAUGUGCUACUAUUGGCAGAUGUCUUUGAGAAUUUCAGAAACUUGAGUCUAAGGGUUUAUGAACUUGAUCCUUGUUGGUAUUUCACUAGUCCUGGAUUAGCUUGGGAUGCUAUGUUAAAAAAGACUAAAGUAGAAUUAGAAGUACUUCAAGAUGUUGAGAAAUACUUGAUGAUUGAGAAGGGAAUAAGAGGUGGUAUUGUUAAUGCGGUCAAAAGAUAUUCUAAGUUUGUGGUUCAAUCAUUGAUUGAUGUUCUCAAUGGUGAGAGAGAAGACAUGUGUUUGAAAAUAGAUGAUUACAUCGACUAUUUGAAUAAUUUAGGUAGAGGAUGUAUUUUCGAAGUAGACUUAGAAUAUCCUAAAGAAUUACACUCAAUGCACAAUGACUUUCCUCUGUGUCCAGAAAAUGUGAAAAUUGAUAAAGUCAAGAAGUUGUGUAACACAUUAUUCAAUAAAGAGAAAUAUGUUAUUCAUUAUACGAAUUUGCUGCAGUGUAUCCAAUUAGGUCUUAAAGUGAAAAAAAUUCAUAGAAUUCUGACCUUUAAAGAAAGUGAUUGGCUCAAAGAGUAUAUUGAGAUGAAUACUAAUCUAAGAAAAACAGCAAAAAAUGAUUUUGAGAAAGAUUUUUUCAAACUGAUGAAUAACUCAGUUUUUGGAAAAACUAUGGAAAAUGUUAGAGAGAGAGUAGAUGUACGUUUAGUUACUGAUGAAAAUAAAAUAGUUAAGUUGGCUUCAAAACCAAACUACAAAAGAACAAUCAUGUAUAACAAGGAGUUGUCUGCUGUAGAAAUGGAGAAAAUCAAUAUAACACUUGAUAAACCUAUUUAUGUCGGUUUUGCUAUUCUAGAUCUUAGUAAGUGGUUGAUGUAUGACUUUCAUUACAAUGUUAUGCAGAAGAAGUAUGGAGAUAAUAUUAAUUUGUGUUAUCAAGAUACAGACUCUCUUAUCUAUGAAAUUUUUACACCUGAUCUUUAUGAAGAUAUUCAGAAGGAUUCCAUCUUGAAGAAUGAAUUUGAUUUCAGUGAUUAUCCACCCUGUCAUCACUUAUACUCUACAGAAAAUAAAAAAGUAGUUGGCAAAUUCAAGGAUGAAUUAAAUGGUUUAGUAAUGGAAGAACUUAUAGCCCUUCGUCCAAAACAAUAUGGAUAUAAAAUUGCUGAAGAAACACGUGAAAACUUUAGAGAGUAUUAUAAUAAGAAGAGUCAAGAAGAAAAAAAGAAUCCUAAACUCCCAAAGGUACCAAAACCUGGAGAUGAAAAAGAAGUAAGCAAUAAUAACCACAGUGAUGACUUCCGAAGUCUUGAAUUUGAAAUGUUGAACUCAAUAUUUUUAUGUUAUCUUCUCCAUUUUUCAAAUAUUCUUGAAGUUUUAAAGGUGGAUCUAAUCCGAACGAAUCAAACAAUAAGGGUAAAAUCAAUUGAUACUAAUGACGAUAUUAUUCAAGUGACAUUUUGUAAAGAAAUUGAUGAUUCUGACAUUGAAUUUGUUGAUCUAACACAUUUUGAUGGAUUCAAGACAAGUUUAGCUCUUACUCAAGGACAAAUACCCAUCAGAAUUAAACAAUUUGGAGACAAGAUUUGGUAUUACAAGAACGAUCCAAGUGGGGGAAUAAUUUCUAGUAGCCUAGCACUACAUCCUAUGGCUAAUAAUGUUGCUAAUUUCAAAAACUUUGAAGAGUUCGAUCUAAAUUUCUUAGAUGAUAAAGUAAUCUUUCAUGAACAUAUCCUCCUUGAUACAAAAACGAAUAUAGAGGAAGAAUUAAUUAAUGAGAUGCGAGAAAAAGCUGAUACUAGCAUUCAAUUACACUCAAAUAGUCAAGAUGGUAGAUCUAUUUGGAUGGUCCUUUCUCCAAAAACAUUCUUUAAAUCCGAAGGAUCCGGGAAUCUUCGAUUCUUUGAUUCAAGAAAAAAUAGAAAUCCGAGAAAUAGGAAUUCAAUUUUUGUGAGAACAAAAAAUCAUGAAGAUGUUGAACUGCAAGAUUUCAGAAAUGAACAUAGAAGAUCUCUUGUUGUAGACUAA